AUGCGGGUCCUGCUUGUUGUUCUUGGCCUCUCGUCGGUCGCAUGUGGUAUCGAAGAUAAUCCAUGGAUAGUCCAGAAAACAACAGACCCGCAACUAUUUGAAAAAGUAUUUGAACCUAUGAAGCAAGGGAGAUUCGUACGGCAAGCUGAUCAUGAAUGGAUGGUCGAUGAAGCAUACAACAGGCACCGCCAUCAAUGGUACAAAUACGAUUGCAAAAAAGUUUGUUAUCUCGAAGAAUGCAAAGGCGAUGGAGGAACGUUCAGAGGAAUGGAUUGUUUCAAGCCUUACGAACAAAAUGUUCGCCAUUACAAGCUGGAAGAUGGUUGGCACAAGCUUCUAACCUGCAAAUCAACAACACCAACUGAUUAUGUCGUUCUGGCAGCAAACAAGAAUGGGAAUCCGAUAACGAUUGGUGCAGGAUCAGCGAGUAGGAUGAUCCGAUGUAACGAUAGAGGCAAAUGGGUUGCGAAGACGGAUAAAAGGAAGGAAGUCGAAGUGAAAAACGCUUUCUGUUAUGUGGUCCCGAAGUAUAGUGAAAGUUGA